CACAACCUUCACUCGAACACAUUCCCUUAUCACAAACCCGCCGCCAACCACCGCGUUCCGAUUCUCACUCCCAAAACCACCGUCUUACACCUCCGCUUCACGCUACUGUCAAAAACGAAUACGACAAUUGCGAUUCACAGAACAUUUGUUUAUAAAAACUGGCAGUUCUCAAUAUGGAGCUGUCGUUUGCAUAGGUUGCAAAAGGAAGAAGACUCAAGCAUGAUUAUGCCCUAGUUUGAAACAGGUAACAUAUUCAAAGGUUCAGAAUGAUGCUGUUGGUGUGGAGAAAACCAGUGUGAAUCCAAGUAGUUUAUGGUUAUGUUCGACAACUAGUGAUGUUCCAGUUACAAUGAAAGUUGAAGAUUCUGACAUUCUAUUUAGUAAUGGUGAUAAUGUUGGAAAUGGAAAUGCUUCUUCUCAGUUAGAUUUUCCUGGCCCGAAGGUGAAAGAGGAGAUUUAUGAAAACAGCGUUGAUGAUCUUGAUCAUGUGGUAUUGAAAGAAAGGCAAAGGAUGCUGUUAGCUAGGAGGUUUCCAUUUCCAGGGCUGCCAAGUCCAGCAUUUGAGGCUAAUGGUGGAUGCUUGUCCAAAAACAUUAUGGAACAAACUGUUGAAAAAGUAAAUGGAGAAUUUUUUCCUGUCAAUGGGAAAAUAACUGUAGCUAGAGAUCAGUGUCAUGACACUCCAGAAGGAGUUAAUACUUCACUAACCGAGUUACCACCUGAAGCCACAUCCGGAUCAUCUUUGUCAACGGAGGAUGCCUCACCUAAAUCAAGAGGACCUGUAAUUUUAGCAUGCCCUCAAGGACAUGAUCGAAUAGUCAAAUCCGAAGAAAUGAUCAUGCAGUUGGAUUCACACGGGGAACAAGGUGUUAUGCCAAGGGAUAAUAAUGGGCCAAGUAGUUCAGCUUGUCCGACCUCUGUCAAAAUCAAGGAUGAACCUUGGGAUAACAGUGAAAUCCACAAUGUUAACGAGGAUGUGAUGGGUAGCAUCUCCAUUAAACUGCCAGUUGUUAAAAGCGAACAGGAAAUCCAUAGCGACUUUAAUGAUGAACAAGUGGAAAAUAUGUGCUUAACUGAUCGGUUAAAUUUUCUCAUGUCCAGAAAAGAUACGGAUUUAAAUAUUCCUAUGAGUAGUUACUCAUCUCUGAAGAAGACUAUGCCUUCUUCCUCUGUGUCGAGCUCUAAUUUUUCAGAAUCUGCAGAACCUUCACGCAUCAAGUGUGCACGGAAAAGAAAGAAAACAGCCACUAAUUCAGUUCAAACAGCACUUGAGGAGGACGCCCCUGGCCUCUUGGAGGUAUUGGUGGACAAAGGUGUCUUAGUAGAUGAAAUUAAGCUUUAUGGAGAGAGGGAGAAUGAUGAAGCGCUUGAUGAAUCGUUUUGCGAAGAUAGCUUUUCAGAGCUUGAAGCUGUGAUAACAAAGAUUUUCUCUCAACGCCAAUCUUUAAUAAAAUUCCCGGUCAUUCGUGCUGGAAAGGGUUCGAGAGUGAGUUAUUGCUUGGCUUGCCUAAUCUCACUAGUGGAGCAGACACGAUAUUUGAAGCUUCAAAAAUGGCCUGUCGAGUGGGGUUGGUGCAGAGAUCUUCAAUCAUUUAUUUUUGUUUUUCCGAGGCAUAACAGGAUAGUACUGGAACGCCCUGAAUAUGGUUACGCAACCUACUUCUUUGAACUGGUAGCAUCCUUACCUGUGGAAUGGCAGAUCAAGCGGUUGGUGAUUGCAAUGAAGCUGACUACCUGUAGCAGGAUUUCUAUUAUUGAGAACAAAGAAUUAUCGGUUGGAGAAGAUUUGGCUGAAGGUGAGGCGAAGGUAUUAACGGAAUAUGGAUGGACCCCAAACACUGGCCUGGGAACCAUGCUUAAUUACCGUGAUAGAGUUGUGCAUGAUAGGAAGAAUGUGGACACAUCAGAGUGGCGAACUAAAAUAGGGAAGUUGCUGAUAGAUGGUUAUGUUGGUGGAGCCAUAGUGAUGUCCAGCAUCCCAAAAAGAGUUGCAGAUUACAGGUGUGAUCAAAUUCCCAACACAGACUCUAUUAUUCCGCGGUGACUGAUUAGAGGAUAGCUUGUGUAGAAAGGGUUUUCUUAUGUAAAUGUAAAUUUAGUUACGUUUUUCAGUCUGAGACCUGGCUUUGAUUGUGUGGUUCAAUGUAAAACCUCAAGUAUUUAAUCAUUUAUCACAAACGAUAACAUAGUCUCCAAAGGAGUAUAGUGUUGGACCAAAUAGGGGCCUGGAACCAUGCUUUACCCUUGACAAUUAGAAUUCAGAGUUGGUUUUUUACUA